AUGCUGAUUCCGGCCGCUAGAACAUUUUUCAGUGCUUCCGCAGCCUGUAGUCGUGUAAUCGCACGAACUUCGUAUUUGAAUGGAAUCUCGCAAAGGUUCAAGUCUGAUGCAAUCCGUGGUGCAGUGAUUGGUAUCGAUUUGGGGACAACAAACUCCUGCGUUGCUGUGAUGGAGGGAAAGCAGGCAAAGGUUAUAGAAAAUGCAGAAGGAGUUCGAACCACUCCAUCAACUGUGGCAUUCACAAAAGACGGGGAACGAUUAGUAGGAGCUCCUGCUAAGCGCCAAGCUGUCACUAACCCUCAGAAUACUCUUUAUGCAACGAAGAGAUUAAUCGGUAGAAGGUUCGAAGAUGCUGAAGUACAGAAAGAUGUGAAGAUUGUACCAUUUAAAAUUGUAAAAGCUAGCAAUGGAGACGCUUGGGUAGAGGCACAAGGCAAAAUGUAUUCCCCAUCGCAGGUUGGAGCCUUCGUGUUGAUGAAAAUGAAAGAGACAGCUGAGAAUUAUCUCGGGACAUCCGUACACAAUGCUGUUAUUACUGUCCCAGCAUAUUUCAAUGAUUCACAAAGACAGGCCACAAAAGACGCAGGUCAGAUUGCUGGAUUGAACGUUCUCCGUGUUAUAAACGAGCCUACUGCUGCUGCUCUUGCUUAUGGUUUAGAGAAGACCGAAGACAAAAUUAUCGCCGUCUAUGACCUUGGUGGUGGCACUUUUGAUAUUUCUGUGCUAGAGAUCCAGAAGGGUGUUUUCGAGGUCAAGUCGACUAAUGGAGAUACCUUCCUCGGUGGAGAGGACUUCGAUCAUGCGCUCGUCAACCACCUUGUUGCAGAAUUCAAACGAGAACAAGGUGUUGAUCUAACAAAGGAUCCUAUGGCUAUGCAACGGCUUCGCGAAGCUGCUGAAAAAGCGAAAUGUGAAUUGUCGUCCACAACACAAACCGAUAUAAAUUUGCCUUACCUUACUAUGGACGCGUCUGGACCUAAACACAUGACAAUGAAGUUGACUCGGGCCAAAUUCGAGCAACUUGUGGGUGAUCUCAUCAAGCGCACCAUAGAUCCGUGCCGAAAAGCUAUGCAUGAUGCUGAGGUGAAACCAUCAGAGAUCUCUGAGGUUCUCCUUGUGGGAGGAAUGACGCGUAUGCCAAAAGUACAGCAAACCGUGUUGGAGGUCUUCGGAAAGUCUCCAUCGAAGGCUGUGAAUCCAGAUGAAGCUGUUGCAAUGGGUGCCGCUAUCCAAGGAGCUGUUCUUGCUGGUGACGUCACUGAUGUUCUUCUUCUCGAUGUUACCCCGCUUUCGCUGGGAAUUGAAACGCUCGGAGGUGUCAUGACUAAGCUGAUUUCUCGUAAUACCACCAUCCCCACCAAGAAAAGUCAGGUUUUCUCCACUGCUGCUGAUGGACAAACUCAAGUGCAGAUCAAGGUGUGCCAGGGUGAACGUGAAAUGGCAAAUGACAAUAAACUCCUUGGACAAUUCUCACUGGUUGGCAUUCCACCUGCCCCUAGGGGUGUUCCACAGAUUGAAGUUACUUUUGACAUUGAUGCUAACGGAAUCGUAAACGUGUCUGCCAAGGAUCGUGGAACCGGAAAGGAACAGCAGAUUGUUAUCCAGUCAUCUGGAGGACUUUCUAAGGACCAAAUCGAAAACAUGAUUCGUGAAGCUGAGAAGAAUGCUGCUGAAGAUGCUAAGAAGAAGGAGUUGGUUGAGGUUUUGAAUCAAGCUGAAAGCAUUAUUCAUGACACCGAAAGCAAGAUGACUGAGUUUGCUGACCAAUUACCCAAGGAAGAAUCCGAAGCUCUCAAGAAAAAGAUUGAAGAGACAAAGACAAUUUUGGCAAACAAGGACAACGAGAAGCCAGAAACUAUCAAGGAAGCAGUUAACUCACUUCAACAGCAGUCGCUCAAGCUGUUUGAGGCCGCAUACAAAAAGAUGGCUGAGAAGAAUGCUUCUGGAACGUCUGACGCCCAGGAGGCGAAGACCGCAGAAGAGCCGAAGAAAGAGCAGAACUAA